AUGGGAAAGCUUCAGGAGUUUAAGAUUGCCUUUGAGAAAAACAAAGAAGUGUACAGUCCGGGAGAGUCCAUCUCUGGAACCGUGACAGUAAAACUGGGCCAACCGCUGCAGUGUAAAGCUAUCAAAGUGAACUGCAAUGGUUUCUGCGGCAUCACCAAUAAGGUCAAUGACACAGCAUGGACGAUGGAAGAGCAGUACUUCAACAGCACGAUCUCAGUGGCAGACAAAGGUACCCUGAAAGAGGGAACGCACACAUUUCCCUUCAAGUUUCUCAUACCUGCCACUGCUCCAACGUCUUUUGAAGGCAACUAUGGAAGGAUCAUUUACAGAGUGAGGGCUUUUAUUGACACACCACGAUUUUCCAAGGACUACACCACAGAGAAAGCUUUCUUCCUGCUAAGCCUUCUGAACCUGAAUGAAGUGCCAGAUAUAUGGGGAACCUGCUCAUCUGCAGUGACUCAGCAGUUCACCUACAUGUUGAUGAAAACUGGCACAAUAGUCUUGAGGGCUCAGACGCACAUGAAGGGUUACACACCAGGAGAGAUCAUUCAGGUGACCGCCAACAUCCACAACCAAUCUGGGAAGAACACCGGCAACAUGGGAGCCAGUCUGAUGCAGAGAGUAACCUAUGAGACGAAGAAGCCGACCCAUGAUGUGAAAACAAUAGCGGAGGUGGAGGGAGGCGUGGUGAAAGCUGGCAAAGAGGUGGAGUGGAAGGAGCAGAUCAUUGUUCCUCCCCUGCCUCAGUCCUCCCUCGCUGGCUGUGAGCUUAUAAAGAUCGAAUAUUAUGUCAAAGUGUGUCUGAAGUCUCCUGAUGUCAUGCUGACACUACCCAUCCACAUUGGGAACGUCUCAUUAGACAAAAAACAACGGCCUUCCAAAAAAGCAUCUGCUCCUUCCACUGAGGAUACGCCAGCCUCUGACUCAACACUAGAAACAUCCAUUUCUGCCUCCUCGCCCACCUUGCCCCCUCGUCCAGCCCCAAAACCUGCUCCUCGUCCUGCCCCUCGCUCUAGGGGAUCCUCCCGCAAUUCCCCCAGCGCUCCUCCAGCUGAGUACCACCCAGGAGCAGAGGGAGGGGCCUUGAUGAAUGAGGACUUCCAAAACAAGCGGCAGUCUCAACUGGUGUCACCCAAUGCAUUUAGUUAUGCACCAGGCCUCUUUUUUCCUCAAAGCCAGCAGCCAGUCGGACCAGCUGCAGCACCCAAUGGGCCUGAAUUUAGUGGGUCCACAGGGACCACAAGUCUUUACCCCUCUUUGAAUGGUACCACUUCAGUGGCAACACCACAGAUCCUGCCUCCAGACUACAGCACUUCAGAUUAUCCAAAAGAGGCUCCUCCUUCUUACAAUCAGAGCUGCAACACAUGA